CUGAGACAAAAAAAUAAUUUGCCGUUCUGACCUGAAAACAUUUCCGUGUACAAAAGAAUGUAACGAUGCUCACACUUCAGGAGUAAAAGAGCCAAUCACGCUCACUUCCUGCUCCAGCGCCCACAGUUCAAGACACAGAAGCAACCACAGGAGGAGAACGACAGACUAUAUUUAACGGUCAGUAUUUUUGAACAUGAAAAAUACACUAUUACUGUGUUGCUUAUGCUUUUAGAUGCUUACUGUUAAGCUUAGCUUGGUGGGAACACAGUGUUUGGAUUGGACUUCCUGUUGUCUACCUGCUGGCAGUAAUCAAACCGUCUCACACCGUCUGCAGCACAACUCACACGACACAAUGAAAUGCAGCACUGCUGUGUCUUCUUUGAUGGUGCUUUGGACGCUGACUGAGACUGUCUGGUGCAUUGAAGUGGUACAUGGCUCUGGAGAGAUAACCAUUGUUUGUACCGGAAACAACAAAAUUGUAUCGAGAAAUGGUGAAAUUGUGACAUUUCCUUUGAAAGUCAAAGAUGACAAGUCUGGAGAGUACAUAUGCACAAAUGCAGCAAACCCUACACAACAGGAAACACAGGAGACAAUCUUUGUGAAGUUCAGAUCCUGCGACAACUGCGUGGAGCUUGACGUGGUUUCCAUAGCAGGUCUGGCUGCUGGAGAGUUGAUGGCUACCAUCGUGCUUGGAGUGGCUGUGUAUCUUGUUGCAUCUCAGGCUCACGCUGGCGUUACUUCCCCUCAACACAAGAGUAAACACACCAGUCUGUCUUCAACCUUUUGUUUUUGACAGGAAAUUACGAAGUAGUAUUAGGGCUAAAUUGGAAAAAAAAUUAUCAUUUCAGACUUUGAGAAAAAAGUCGUAAAUUUACGAGAAUAAUAUCGUAAAUACACGAGAAUAAUGUCGUAAAUUUACGAAAAAAAAAUCGUAAUAUUACGAGAAUAAAAUCAUAAAUUUACAACUUUUUCCUCGUAAACUUACCUUCUCACUUCCGCCUUCCUUACCCCGCCCCCUUUACUUGCCCAAGGCCAAAGGUCACUUAAGCCCCCCCUGUUCGUAGCUGUCUCAGACAAUGCCUGUAACAUAAAGUUGCAAAGUUGUUACGACAAUAAAGUCGUAAAUUUAUGACUUUGUUCUCGUAAUUUUGCAAGGCUUUUUUUGUAAAGUAAGAAGGGAUAGACAUGCUAAUCCGUUUGUGCUCAACUCUGUUUUGCUGACACGCUAUAAAUAAAAUCUUGCCUGAAUAUUAUGACUUUAUUCUUGUAA